GGGCCAGUGAUGGCAAGUGAGAGUCAUGCUGGGCAGAUCAUACCGGACUCAUCACAGCUGGUAUAACACGUGGAGCUGAAUUCUACAGUGAGCAGUGACAUCACUUUUCCUAGACGGACCUGAGCAGCAGGGGGCGGCCCUUCUCCCUGUACAUAUAACCCGAGCGAACACAGACCACGAGACACCCAGACCGGCCGGCCACCUGAGCAUUCUCUCUGCUGUUCAGAGACCACAUGCAGUGAGGACGCUCAGCGAGGAAGAGGAAGCCACCGGUCACAGCAAGCUCCUGCAAUUAGAUGGCUUCUGCGCCAGGUUUAAAAUCUGAGAGAUUGUCACUGCUAGAGGACGGAAUCCCCCCAGCCAAGAAACCCAGAUGCCAUCUUGUGCCUUUCAGAAAGCUGCUGCCCAGUCUGAAGACAAAAAAGCCGCAGGAGCUGGUGCUGGUGAUCGGGACGGGGAUCAGUGCUGCCGUUGCCCCCCAGGUUCCUGCACUGAAGUCUUGGAAAGGGUUAAUUCAAGCACUGCUGGAUGCUGCCAACGACUUUGACCUCCUAGAAGAAGAGGAGAGCAAAAAGUUUCAGAAGUGUCUCCACGAGGACAAGAACUUGAUUCACGUGGCCCAUGACCUCAUCCAGAAGUUGUCCCCGCGCACCAGCAAUGUGCGGUCCACCUUCUUCAAGGACUGUCUGUACGAGGUGUUCGAUGACCUGGAGUCCAAAAUGGAGGAGACGGGCAAGCAACUGUUGCAAUCCGUGCUGCAGCUGAUGGAGCACGGUGCUCUCGUCCUGACAACCAACUUCGACAACCUUCUGGAGAUCUACGCCUAUCACCAAGGGAAAGAGCUGGAGUCCCUUGACCUGACCGAUGAGAAGAAGCUGUUUUCUCACCAGGUACUUGAAUGGGCUCAGGAGAAGAAGAAACUUAGUGUCCUGCACAUCCACGGCGUCUAUACAAACCCCAGCGGCAUCGUCCUCCACCCGGCUGGCUACCAGAAUGUCCUGCGCAACACAGAGGUCAUGCGGGAGAUCCAGAAGCUGUACGAGAACAAAUCUUUCCUGUUUCUGGGCUGUGGCCGCACUGUGGAUGACACGACUUUCCAGGCACUCUUCCUAGAGGCAGUGAAGCACAAAUCUGAUCUGGAACACUUCAUGCUGGUCCGGCGGGAGGCCGUAGAUGAGUUCAAGAAGCUGAGGGAGAACAUGCUGGACAAGGGCAUCAAAGUGAUUUCCUAUGGCACAGAGUAUUCUGACCUGCCUGAGUACUUUGAGAGGCUAGCCAAUGAAAUCUCCAACAAGGGCCGGACAGGAUCGAUGAGAGAACUGCCUCUGAAGAAUGGGCCAAGCUUACCGGACAGUCCAAAUAGAGGGUUUUCAUGCUGUCAGGAUUUGCACUGUGAAGAGGAAAUGGCUUGUCAACCCAAGUACGAAAUUCCAGUACUAUCCUUUGCAGAAACGGCGAAGACAGACUGUUGUGCACAUACAGAGCAUGCGUGCAUAGCCACUACUUCUCAUCCCUCAAGCAAAUCACUGGAGAUAAGUGACCAGAUUAUUGAGCCAGACUGGACAAACCUUACCCAGAGACCCCUGUCUCCAACUAUUCCACCUUCUAAAGAGGACCAAGGUCUACCACCAGCAGUUCCUAGUGCAUGGACCAUUGAGGAGCAUCUCAAGGGUUUUAUUGACAUCCAGGAGGGAUUACGGAAGGGGAUCAUGACAAAGAUGAACACACUGCACCUAGAUUUGUGUCAGCUGACGAUGGGUAUUCAAAAAAACAAUUCCGUGUUCAGAAAAAUGCAAAAGGUGGAGACCGAAAGAAACCAGUUGUUGGGCCAGAUGAACGCCAACAUUGCUAAACUGGCCACCAGCUUGCAAAUUUUGGCAAUUCACCAGAACGCCAGCCAAAGAGAGUUACGGGAUCUUUUGGACUUGCAUAGGGCAUCAUCUUCGACAUCUCUGGAGGAUAUGUCUAUUGGAAGCCCAUCUAUAGCUACUACUGCCAUUUUGUCUCCUCCCCCUACGCAGUAUCGCUAUUCUACCAGAGCCAGAAAAGGACCCACUUCACCAUUAAACUACUCCAGUGACACAAGGCCGCGUCCUGCAAAGAGAGGGCGCUCCAGCACAUGAGACCUGACCAUCAGUCACCACAUGAAGUUAUGGUGGAGAGCACAGCUGAAGCAAUGGCAGCAUGAAAGUCCCUGCUAUGUAUGCUUCCCAUGCUGGUACAUCAGAGACGUGGUCUUGUAUGGCGUUUUUACUUCUCUCCUGUAGAGGAGUGUUCUGUUUCUUUUCUUGCUUUCAGGGUUUGUUUGGUUAAUGUUUAUUAAGACACUUUGCAGUCUGUAAAGACUACGGUAUCAUAAGCAGGACAAGCCAGUUCAGAGCUGCUUCUCUGUGCCAGGGCCAGAUAAACUUCUGUAUUACCCAACUCUGAAUGUCAUCGGGUAUUUCUGUAAAUUUAAAAGUUUCUGGCUCCCAAAUUAUUGCAUAUUCCUAUUAUUUGCCUUGGCAGCUUUGGUUUGUCGUAAGUUUAUGCUCCACCCCUGAGGGGGAAAAGACCCUCCCAUGAGAAACCCCAUUACUGGAAUUAACGGGCAGUAAUGAAUGGUACACGGCUCCAAUUUUUUUCGUAACCUUAAGAAUGUUUUUGCUUUGUUUUUUGUUUUUAAAUCAUGUUUCUUCUGUAUUGGUGCAAGUUCCACAGUUCAGAUGUUUAAAAUAAGUGAAAGAUGCAGCAGGACAGGAUAUGGGAGCUCCAGAGGUCAGUAAUGCGCACAGCUGCUCCAGAGAUCUAUUAGGAAGUUUAAAUGUGAAGGCUUCAAGAAAGCUGCUUGAAACCCUCUGUUUAUACUGCUCUUAUACAGGCUGAAGCCCAUAGAAGUGAUUCUAAAGUCUUUAUUAUUUUAAAAAAUAAAAACCUGUUAUACUUA